CGGACCAGAGGGCUUGACGGUGGAAAAUGACUGGAGGGAGGCUCGUAUCUGGUGGCGAAAGUAGACAAUAUCACCAUGAAUUGUGGUUUGUUAUCUUAGAAGUCGCAAUUUUGUCUUUUUUAAACGUAUACUAACCAACUCCGGAGUAUAUUUGGUGAGCCUGGAGGCUCAGGAAGCAUUUUAAGAAGUUUUUUUUGCCGUCGGAACAGUGCCAGAGACACACCGAUAACCGUUAUUUUUUUCCUCCGCCAGAAUGCCGCGGGACAACAAAACUCCUCUCAUCCAGAAAAUAGCCAAGCAAGCCUAUAUCACCUUUAACGGCCUUAAGUCUUCGGCCGGCGGGGAUAGUAAAGUUGUAGCAGACAAACUGAGCGAGCUAAUAUCCGUAGUGACCGCCGUUAGAGCUGCUGACCUGAAAAUUGCUCCCCGCAAAACCAAGCCGAGCUCCGGGGCAGCAGAGCUCCAGAGCCCCCCGGUCACCUACAUGCACAUCUGCGAGACGGAUGUAUUCAGCAUGGGGGUGUUUCUGCUGAGGACCGGAGCCUCCAUCCCGCUGCACGACCACCCGGGGAUGAACGGGAUGCUGAAGGUUCUCUAUGGGAAGGUCAGCGUUCGUUGUUUUGACAAGAUGGGGGAUAACGUCAAUGGAAGCACUGUCCCUCCUGAGUUUGACCCCCCACUGGCCCCUCUGCAGAUGGGCUCUGUGUGGCGCUCUGUGCUCCGCUCUGACACUGAGUACUCAGAGACCAGCGGGCCGUGCCUUCUCACUCCUGUGCGGGAUAAUCUCCACCAGAUCGACGCAGUGGAGGGACCUGCUGCUUUUCUGGAUAUCCUGGCACCCCCUUACAAUCCAGAUGAUGGGCGGGACUGUCACUAUUACAAGGUCCUGCAAACUGUGGCAGAGGAAGGAAAAGAUGCAAAGGAUAACCCGGAACAGCAGGGAGAGAAAGAGAAAGGUCAGACAUGGCUGCUAGAAGUCCCUCAGCCAGAGGACUUCUGGUGUGGUGGGGAACCAUACCCAGGCCCUGCAGUCUCUGUCUAAAUGGACCGCUACUCAGAGGAUUACACUGCAGUGUGUGACAGAUGUAAUAUUGUGACAUCCAUCCAUUUACUAGGGUAAAUUUAGUUUUGUAUUCUUCUGCAGGAAAGCCAAAUAUCUGGGUUUUAUUACCUAGAACUCAAAAGGGUUGAAUGCCUUGUUUGAGGAUGCAGCAGGGAAAAGGGUUGUAGAAACAAGAGUUUGAACUGUGACACCACAGCGAGAGUGGGUCCGCUGAACUGCCUUCCACAAACCUUAAGUAUUCCCAUCAGUACUGGGAAAAGUGUUGACACAAGGAAUUCCUAUUCCUAAUGUGGUAUAUUUCUUUGGACCAUUAUGUUGCCUUGUACACACAAGAAUGUUAUCAGCCAAACGUUGUGUGAAUGGUGGGUUAUCAUUAGGAUCUAUGCUGUGUUUUGUAAAGCUUGGAAAGCUUUUUCCACAUUAUCUUAUUUCUCUGCUGUCGAUGACUCUCACAUGACGCAUUUUAACGCCAAAGACUGUAACUCAAGUCGUACCUGCCUUAUGUGUGAAUGUAAAUGUAUACUUAACAAGUAGGCCAUUUCUAUUGUACACACUAAUUUCUUCUUCCAAAGUGCACACACUCCAUUAUAUGUACUUUAUUUUCUUUAUAUUCCUUUAACUUAUUCCAGAUAAUAUAGGUUCCAAACAGGUCUGGUCGGUUAUGGGAUAAAAAAGCUGAUGUUCAGUGACUUCUACAUACUCUGUGAUGUAUUAUACUGUCAUUUCACCUCAUCUUCCUGGAUCUGGAGUUACAGUAUAUGGCGCAUAUAAUGCAUCAUUUAAAAGGCUUAUUGAAAUUAUUAAAUGAAAACAGUUAAAAAUGAAAGCUGUAUUAGAGAACUAUAACAUUUAUAUGGUAAAAGCCGACAUAUUUUCUGUACCACUUUUUACAUGUAGCUUAAACUCUGUAUCAUUCCAGUCUGUAUUUUACUGUACACUACUUUAGCUAAUAUCUUAACUUUCCUCUGGCUGACAUUUGACUCCACACAGAUCUAUGUGUCAGUUCGACAAUGAUUGUGUUACUUGAUGUUGUAUGUGGAACAAUAAAACAGAUGAGGAUUCUCAUUA